AUGAAAUGCGAGGCGAGAAUAGACGCGGGUGGCGGGGAUCGCCUCGGCACAAACGGAUCAGAGUAUUUUCUUCAGCUGCAGAGUGGCGGUCCGGGCGGGGGCGGGGGCGGGCGGGGUGCAGCACGGGCAGCGGCGCGGUCAGGGCGCGCGCGCUCGGGGCGGCGCGGGGGCGGCGGCGGCGGCGGCGGGCGCGCGGCGCAGCAGGUAGGAGGCGUCGAGCGCGCGCGCGCCGCCGCCGGCGGUCCGGGCGGGGGCGGGCGGGGUGCAGCACGGGCAGCGGCGCGGUCAGGGCGCGCGCGCUCGGGGCGGCGCGGGGGGGGAGGCGGCGGCGGCGGGCGCGCGGCGCAGCAGGUAGGAGGCGUCGAGCGCGCGCGCGCCGCCGCCGGCGGUCCGGGCGGGGGCGGGCGGGGUGCAGCACGGGCAGCGGCGCGGUCAGGGCGCGCGCGCUCGGGGCGGCGCGGGGGGGGAGGCGGCGGCGGCGGGCGCGCGGCGCAGCAGGUAGGAGGCGUCGAGCGCGCGCGCGCCGCCGCCGGCGGUCCGGGCGGGGGCGGGCGGGGUGCAGCACGGGCAGCGGCGCGGUCAGGGCGCGCGCGCUCGGGGCGGCGCGGGGGGGGAGGCGGCGGCGGCGGGCGCGCGGCGCAGCAGGUAGGAGGCGUCGAGCGCGCGCGCGCCGCCGCCGGCGGUCCGGGCGGGGGCGGGCGGGGUGCAGCACGGGCAGCGGCGCGGUCAGGGCGCGCGCGCUCGGGGCGGCGCGGGGGGGGAGGCGGCGGCGGCGGGCGCGCGGCGCAGCAGGUAGGAGGCGUCGAGCGCGCGCGCGCCGCCGCCGGCGGUCCGGGCGGGGGCGGGCGGGGUGCAGCACGGGCAGCGGCGCGGUCAGGGCGCGCGCGCUCGGGGCGGCGCGGGGGGGGAGGCGGCGGCGGCGGGCGCGCGGCGCAGCAGGUAGGAGGCGUCGAGCGCGCGCGCGCCGCCGCCGGCGGUCCGGGCGGGGGCGGGCGGGGUGCAGCACGGGCAGCGGCGCGGUCAGGGCGCGCGCGCUCGGGGCGGCGCGGGGGGGGAGGCGGCGGCGGCGGGCGCGCGGCGCAGCAGGUAGGAGGCGUCGAGCGCGCGCGCGCCGCCGCCGGCGGUCCGGGCGGGGGCGGGCGGGGUGCAGCACGGGCAGCGGCGCGGUCAGGGCGCGCGCGCUCGGGGCGGCGCGGGGGGGGAGGCGGCGGCGGCGGGCGCGCGGCGCAGCAGGUAGGAGGCGUCGAGCGCGCGCGCGCCGCCGCCGGCGGUCCGGGCGGGGGCGGGCGGGGUGCAGCACGGGCAGCGGCGCGGUCAGGGCGCGCGCGCUCGGGGCGGCGCGGGGGGGGAGGCGGCGGCGGCGGGCGCGCGGCGCAGCAGGUAGGAGGCGUCGAGCGCGCGCGCGCCGCCGCCGGCGGUCCGGGCGGGGGCGGGCGGGGUGCAGCACGGGCAGCGGCGCGGUCAGGGCGCGCGCGCUCGGGGCGGCGCGGGGGGGGGAGGCGGCGGCGGCGGGCGCGCGGCGCAGGCGCGCGCGCUCGGGGCGGCGCGGGGGGGGAGGCGGCGGCGGCGGGCGCGCGGCGCAGCAGGUAG